CUUUCGUAUAACACAAAGAGUGUUCUUUUCGAUUUUUAUAAUGAGUGCGAGACAAUAAUUUCCGACUAUCGCGACAGAAGCUGAUAAUGGACAAUUUCUUUAUAAUCGCACGAUGCUUUCAGCAAGAUCUGCCUUUCGUCGAUAUCCGGUAUGUGGUGUUGGUCGAGAUGGCUUAGCGUGUUUUGACGAUGAUUUACUGCGUUGCUCGUUUUUGUAUAUAUAGAAUCCAUAUUUCAUUAUCAAUUACAAUUAUCUUCAUAUAUGGAUCGUCUUGGUUUCGUUUGCAAUGCGUUGUGUGAAAUGAAUAUUUUUUAAAUCAUGUGGAAUUCUAAAAUCAAUCUUUUUUACAAACAGUAGUAUUUGAUCUAUGAGAUGGCGAUAAAACGUUCACUCAAAUAUUUCUAGAACGAAAUUUCAAAAAAUCAACUUUAGCAAAUGCGUUCUGCUACAGUUUUGGUUCCGUAUAUAGCACAUAUUUUUCUAAGUGCGUCUGCAGCUUAUUUGCAAUAAAAAGUCAUGAAAUUCUUUAUGGUUGUAAGUGCUCUUUUUAUUACCCUAUUCGGUCAUGCAUUGGCGCAGUUUGACUAUUGUUUUGGCAAAGAUACCGAACGUUCACAAACACGUCAAUUUACUACCAAGACCGCAUAUCAAAUCAUUAAAGGCACAAAUAUUGAUAAACAGUAUUUGGUGCCGCAUUGUUUACCUCAGAAAAUAUGGAUUUUUCACAGACAUGGUACUAGAUUGCCGUCACGGUCUAUUAUAGAGAAAGCGUCACGUUUGGAAGAGUUACGUGAUGCGAUUGUUAAAAAUUAUCGCGUCUUAAGAACAGCCCCAAGUACGAAUGCUUUAUGCCAGGAAGAUUUAAUUGCGUUGCAAAUGUGGAAAUGGAACAGCAGCAUUACCCCGGAUAUGGAAGAAUAUCUAACCAGUCAGGGCUAUGAGGAUCUCCGUGGUACUGCCAGACAUUAUCAGAAAUUGUAUCCAAAUGUUCUAAUCAAGGAAUACAAUAACACCUAUUAUUUGUUUCGUCACACUGAUUCUCAACGCACUACCGAAAGCUUUAAAGCUUUCACGGACAGUUUAUUUGGCAUGCAUAAUGAUGCUGUAGCUGAGAAAAUACCUGAGGAAGAUAAGCUAUUGCGGCCUUACGACUAUUGUGAACCGUGGGCUGCUAACAAUAAUGACGAUGAGAAUUCAGAAGUCAAUAAAUAUAAACGUUCAGUUCUUUGGAAUGAUACUUUGAUGGAAAUAUCAACACGAUUGGGCUUUCAAUACACUUUGGAAUCUAAAGAUGUAGAAUUGAUGUACGACAUAUGUCGCUAUGAGCAAGCUUGGCAAGUAGAUCGUACGAGUGUAUGGUGUGGGGCCUUCACUCCUCCGCAGGUCACGGUCUUCGAAUACGCUGAAGAUUUAAAAUAUUAUUAUAAAUUUGGUUAUGGUUCGGACAUCAAUGCUCAUCUGAAUUGUCGCAUUGUUCAAAAUAUGAUCGAACAUUUAGGCAGCAAUGCGCUGCCUAACGUUCAAGUUUCUUUUGCUCAUUCUGCCGGUCUGCAAACUUUGAUGUCUGCUCUCGGCAUUAAUAAAGACGAUCGACCUUUAACGGCCAACAAUUAUCAGAGCAUGUCCGAACGCAAAUGGAAAACUUCAAAUAUUGAUCCAUUUGCCGGCAAUUUUGUGGCCGUCAAAUAUGAGUGUAAUAACGCGCCUUUGGAAAAAGAAAAGGUCAUAUUUUUUCUGAAUCAAAACGCUGUUGAUUUGGAUUGGUGUCAUGUAGGACUAUGCAACUGGUCUGAGGUUGUGCAACGCUAUGAGCAUAUAAUCAAUGCCGAUUGUGAUUCAUAUUAUUGUCCAGGUGUUGGUGCCUUAAGCGCCAAACCUAUUUCAAUUGCUGUCACUUUAUUGAUGUCUGCCAUUAUUUACUUAAUUAAUUUAAUUUAA